AUGAAUAAUAUUUCCCUCGUGAUUGAACAUUUGAGAGGGAAAAUUGCAAAAUUGGGAGGAAAUCCGGAUAGGGAGACUCUUUCUAUUGUUCCUACCAUCAAUGAUGGAAAAUUAUUUUACAAAUUGAUUGAGAAUCAAGAUUCGGAAAACUCUCAAUAUUGGACCAUGUUUAAGUUUAUAGAAAAUACCACUACUCAUGAAAAGGCUGAUUCGGAAGAGUUGGCGUUUGAAGGAGGUAAAAUGAUUGGAAAAUUCCAGAAUAUGCUUUCUGAUUUGGUUUCUGAGAGCCAUGGAAAUAUCACCUAUGAAAAUAGAGAAUGCAUUAUUAAGGAUGUGUUACCUGGAUUUCACAAUAUUAAAUUCAGAUUUGAACAAUUUGAUCAAGCCAUUGAAAGGAAUAUUGUUAACAGAUUGGAGGAAGUGAAAGAUGAAAUUGGAAUUGUGGAAAAUUAUAGAAAGGAAAUGAUUGAUUUUUGGGAAUUGGUAGAAAGUAACAAAAUUCCACUGAGAAUUACUCAUAACGAUACGAAAUUAAGUAAUAUUUUAUUCGAUACUGAGACCAAUAAGGCAUGUUGCUUAAUUGACCUUGACACUGUAAUGUGCAGUACAGUAUUGAAUGAUUUUGGAGAUGCCAUUCGUUCGUAUUGUAACACAUCUACAGAAGAUGAUCCAAAUACUCAAAACAUUCAUCUCAAAAUGGACAUAUUCGAAAGCUUUACCAAUGGAUAUCUCUCUGAGGGUUACAAAUUCCUCACAGAUAUCGAAAUUGAAUAUCUAGCUUUCAGUGCCAAGUAUAUUACCUUUGAGCAGGCAUUGAGAUUUCUAACAGAUUACAUCAACGGUGAUACCUAUUACAAAACUACCUAUCCACAACACAAUCUCAUCAGAACAAGAGCACAACUAGCUCUCCUUCAUUCCAUCCAAAUGAAUUUCCAAUCCAUGAAUGAAAAAGUACUUGACCAUCAUCAACACCAUAAAACACACCAUAAUCGUGAUUGA